GGCACCGACGUUGCUAAAUACAAUAUGGCUGCCGUCGGCGAAGAUGAGCACUCGCUACCGGAGAAAACAGGACCUUCUGAGGAAGAAAAUUAUGAACCUCCACCAGAGCUAGAUAUGGAACCACAGAUUGUGACGAGCAUACCACAAGUUCCUGUCGCAGCUCCAAAGCCAAAACCACGCAAAGCACCUGACUUACCAAUCUUUGAGAGGAGAAAUUGGCUGAUACACCUUCACUACGUGAGGAAGGAGUAUGAUAGCUGUAAGUCCCUCAUCAAAGAGCAGCUGGCCGAGAGUGGAGGCAUGUGUGAAUACGCUGUGUACGUACAAGCCCUUAUUCUACGACAAGAGGGUAAGAUUCAAGAGUCCCUGGAAAUGUUUCAGACAUGCACACUUUUGAAUCCAACAAGUGCUGAAAACUUAAAGCAAGCAGCCAGAUCACUAUUCCUUCUGGCCAGACACAAGGCAGCUAUUGAGGUGUAUAAUGAGACAGCCAAGAUUUCACAGAGAGACUGGGAGAUAUCCCAUAACCAGGGUGUGUGCUAUAUGUACCUCAGAGAUUAUGCCAAGGCAAAAGAAUGUUUGAAGCAAGCACUAGCUUUCAAACGCCAUGAGAUUUCUUAUGUAAUGCUUGGGAAGAUCUACCUGAUGGAAGGGGAUAUUAACUCUGCUAUUGAGAUCUACAAACAAGCUGUGGAAUAUUCCCCAGAAAACCCAGACAUGCUCUGCACUCUUGGUCUGCUAUAUAUGCAGAUUGGUCAGUACCAGAAGGCCUUUGAGAACCUCGGUAACGCCAUGACGUAUGAUGCCACCCAUGUCAAAGCUAUCAUGGCUGCGGGAAGUAUGAUGCAGACUCAUGGUGACUUUGACGUUGCUCUCAAUAAGUACCGCAUAGCAGCUGUGAAAACCCCAGAAAGUCCAACACUCUGGAACAACAUUGGAAUGAGUUUCUUUGGCAAGAAGAAAUUUGUGGCUGCCAUCAGCUGCCUCAAGAGGGCUAAUUAUAUGGCACCAUUUGACUGGAAGAUCCUCUUUAACCUGGGAUUGGUUCACCUGACUAUGCAGCAGUACGCCUCAGCGUUCCACUUCCUCAGUGCAGCUAUCAACCUACGACCAAAGAUGGCACAGCUCUUCAUGCUUCUAGCAGUGGCUCUGACACACCUAGAGGAUCCCGACAAUGCCAGGCAGGCAUAUGAACAGGCCCUCACACUUGACCAGAAAGACCCAGGGAUUUCCUUGAACUUAGCUUUGUACAUGUACAACAAUGGACAAAAGAAGGAAGCUGCUAAGCAAUUUAAGGACUUUGAGAUGAAGAUGAAAGUUUUAAAGGCGACUAAUCCAAAUGCAGGUGAUCCCGAGAUCCAGGAUGUUGCGAGCAAGUUGGCUGCUGCCCUGCAGGUUGGGGAUAGCAUGCUGUGGAAACAGACAGCCCAACCGCCGGCACCACUGCCAGAUCAGAACUCAAACACUGUGCAAUCAACGCCAUCUGACAACCUUGAUGAGACCGAGGUUAAGAAGCCAUUUGGGUCUGUCCCAGACUCAGGUCCCCUUCCCCCACCACCACAGGACCCCGUAGGGGACCUCGAUGGAGGAAGGGGCGCCCCCACCCCAAUAAUCCCGCCCUACAGUCCCUAUGAAGAGGACCGUACUGGUAGUCGACUAGAGAGCGAGCCAACAUUUCACCCUCCUCCCAAGGCUGACUCUCUUCCACCCCUCACUGGUGGAGCCAGUUUCAAGUCAGGAGCCUUACCUCCCCUUGGCUAUCCCAUUGCAUCUGGUCGAACAGAGCCCCCGGAUCUGGAUAACCUUCCUAGCCCACCGAGAGACUCCCUUCCAUCAUACUCGGAGGCUAUCAGUGAGAAAAAGAAACCAGAGAUGGAGCCAGCAACGUAGCUUCCAGGUCGUAACUUAUAACAAGAAAUAUAUACAAUAACAUGGUCAUUGAAAAUAGUAAUGAUUAUUUAUGUGACUGAAUAUUUGUGCUAAGCCGUCCUCAUUCUAUACUGUGUACAGUGUGAUAUUCCUCAGCGCUAUUUUAUGUUCAUGACGAAAAAAAAAAUAUCAAUUCACUCUUUGUGGAAUUUAAACUUUCAGGUUUGUAGUACAUAUUACUUGAUUAGCCGAUAAUAAUGUUUACUGUUAUAUUACAUUUGAUUAAUCACAUUGACGUGAAGAUUGCAUCGCUUUUAUUAAAGACCUGUGAGUUAGACACCUCAUCACCCAUUAUUUCAGUAAUUCACAGGGCAAAUACCUAGCUCUACGGUAAGACAGUUUGAUACAAGUGGUGUAUUUAUAUGAGCUGAUUAGGUAUAAAGGAGUUCAUGCUUAGCACGUUCACUUGUACUUGUAUAUUUCGGGAGCUAGAUAUGCUUCCUAUUUCUAUAUUGGUAGUAAAAGUUUCUUAAGUUACAAUUGCAAAAGAUUUAAAUUUGCAAAUUAGUCUCCUCUCGAAUACCUUCAAUAGAAAUUAUUUCCAGCAAGUGUUACAGAACUUCAGGUGAUCUAUCAACGUCUUCUUUCUUUGGUGUUUCGACACUGCAGAUAUUUCUCAUAAAAUCUGAUGUUUUAUUAUUGUUUGCAAAGAUAUAUUACAAGACUACAUAGUACCGUAUAAGGUUUAUAAGACAGAAGGAAGAAGAACUCGGCGAUAAAAUAUUUUAAUGCAUAAUAAACCUUGUAUUUUAUAAUACAACCUGUUUCUCUGUUACAUAUUGGAUACUAAGGCCGUUUUCGUUUAAACGGUCAAACCGGUCGGACCACAGUUGUUCGUUUAUUAAAUAAGUAAUCUGAUGCUGCU